UAACAAAACUGCCAGAUUGGCUGGUGGCUAGUUGGAAUAGGAAGGUGAUUGAGAUAGAAGAAACUUGUAAUGUGUUUCCUACUUUCAGUCAGUUUGUGGAAUUCAUCACAAAGGAAGCAAAAAUAGCUUGCAAUCCAGUAACCUCUCUUCAUGCCCUGAAGUCCAAUGAUGUUGAAAAAAUAAAGACAACAAAGACACGAAACAUUGGUGCAAAGGUGCUUGUGAGCAACUCUGAAGAGAAUGUAGAACGCAAGAGAUGCACCUUUUGUGAAAAAUGCAAUCAUGGUAUUCAGACAUGCUGGAAAUUCAAGGAAAAACCAGUUGCAGAACGUGUUAAAUUUGUUCAGACAAAGAAGUUGUGCUUUGGAUGUUUACAACCAGGACAUCAUUCAAGGACCUGCAAAAGGAGGAGUGUUUGUGAAACAUGUAAGGAAAAACACCCAACAUGUUUACAUGAAGAUCGCGAAAGAGCAACCAGAAGAGAGAAAAGCAGUGAUGAGCAUGGGGAAAGUGUAAAAAACUCAAAAUAUGCUAUGUCAACAGAAAGAACAGAGAGCAAACACACCGCUGAACCAUCAAAUGAAGCUACAUCAAACAGAGUAGUGCAAGGCAUGGACAGCAUGUACUCCUCCACAGUUGUCCCAGUUUGGUUAUCUGCAUCGAGUAACCCAGAGAAUGAAAUUCUUGUAUAUGCACUACUUGACAACCAAAGCGAUACCACAUUCAUUAUGCAAGAUAAAGCAGAAGCUUUGGACAUGAAAGGGGAACCUGUGCAGUUAAAACUCUCCACACUUUCAUCCAGAAAUACAAUCAUCCCAAGUCAAAGGUUAGUUGGACUGCAGGUGAGAGGUUUCUAUUCAUCAAAGAAGAUUUCUCUCCCUGUAACCUAUUCAAGAGAGUUCAUCCCUGCCAAUCUAAGUCACAUUCCUACACCAAAAACGGCAAGAGCUUGGCCACACCUAGAGCAUCUUGCUGAGGAGAUUGCUCCAUUGAUUGAGUGCGAUGUAGGGCUUCUCAUAGGAUACAACUGUCCACAGGCUUUGCUACCCCGAGAGGUUGUCCCAGGUAAAGACAAUGAGCCAUUUGCUCAAAGGACAGAUCUUGGAUGGAGCAUAGUCGGUUGUGUUAGCCCAUGUGUCGACUAUGGUGAUGCUAUAGGAAGCAGUCACAAGAUUGUCAUGAAGUCAGUGAAACCUCAUCUCCAGACAUCUAAGAAGCUCACAAAUGAAGUGAAAUACAUAUGUCGAACCCAAGUUAAGGAGUUCAUUUCACCACCAGAUGUGCUGAGGAUGCUUGAGUCUGACUUCAGUGAGAGAAGAGUGGAGGAUGCUAAUUUAUCUCAGGAAGAUUUGCGUUUCCUAACCAUAAUGGAAGAAGGAAUCAAAAUUAAAGCAGAUGGUCACUGUGAAAUGCCGCUUCCCUUCAAGAAAGAUCGACCAAAUCUCCCAGACAAUAAGGUAUGUGCAGUUCACAGGCUCCGAUGCUUGAAAGGAAGAUUUGAAAAAGACAAACAAUAUCAAAAGGACUAUACGACCUUUAUGAGUGAAAUCAUAACAAAUGGGGAUGCAGAAAAGGUCCCAAGAGGAGAAAUUAACAACAGUCCUGUGUGGUACAUUCCUCAUCACGGGGUGUAUCACCCACACAAGCCAGGAAAAAUACGGGUUGUGUUCGACUGCUCAGCAAGAUAUGAAGGCGUGUCAUUAAAUGAUUACCUUCUCACUGGACCAGAAUUAACGAACAGCCUGAUAGGUGUUCUCUGCCGCUUUCGCAAGGGACAAGUUGCUAUAAUGUGCGAUAUUGAGCGUAUGUUCCAUCAGUUUCACGUCAAAGCAGAGGACCAGGACUACUUGAGAUUUCUCUGGUGGGACGAUGGAAACUUCCAGGCUCAACCAUCUGUCUAUCGCAUGCGAGUGCACCUAUUUGGAGCUGCCUCUUCCCCUGGUUGUGCAAACUUUGGGUUGAAACAUGUUGCCGCCCAAGGACAUGGUCAUUACAGUGAAACAACCAUUCAGUUCAUUGAACGGAACUUUUACGUGGACGAUGGGCUCACAAGUGUUGCAACCAAAGAUGAAGCCAUCAAGUUGGUAAAGGAAGCAAGGCAACUCUGCAGUGCUGGCAAACUGCGAAUUCACAAAUUCAUUUCCAACAAUCAUGAGGUACUUGCAUCCAUUCCAGAGAGUGAACGUGCAGAUUCAGUACGAAAUCGUGACUUGGUUCUUGGUGAGUCCCAAAUUGAGAGAGCUCUGGGAAUCAAAUGGUGCAUUGUUUCAGACCAGUUCCAUUUCAGAGUGAUUGUGGAUGAACGCCCACUUUCUAGAAGAGGAGUCUUAUCAACUGUGGCAUCCAUCUAUGACCCUCUUGGCUUUGUGGCACCAUUUAUUCUGGUCGGAAAGCAAAUACUCCAACAGAUGUGUCAAGACAAGGUUGGAUGGGAUGAGCCACUGUCAGAAGAGCUCAAACCACGGUGGGAGUCUUGGCUGUUAGAUUUAAAGAACCUGGCUGACAUCAAAAUUCAGCGCUGUUAUCUCCCAGAAGGUUUUGAGAAAGUUGAAAGAUAUGAGCUGCAUCAUUUCUCAGAUGCGAGUGUUAAAGGGUACGGUGAAUGUUCUUACUUGAGAGCAAUCAGUGUUUCAAACCAAGUCCACUGCUCUCUAGUUAUUGGCAAAGCCAGGGUGACUCCUACAAAGGUCACAACAGUACCCAGGCUUGAGCUAUCAGCAGCAGUUAUUGCUGUGCGAACGAGUGACCUGCUUAAAAGGGAGUUGGAAGUUCAAGCCAAAGAAUUCUUCUGGACAGAUUCGAAGGUUGUUCUUGGAUACAUCAACAACGAUGCUAGAAGGUUUCACAUAUUUGUGGCAAAUCGCAUUCAGCGUAUCCAAGAAGGUUCCAAUCCAGACCAAUGGAGAUAUGUGACUUCUGAGAACAAUCCUGCUGACCAUGCAUCACGGGGUCUGACAGCAAAGGGACUAAUUACUUCCAACUGGUUCACCGGUCCAGAUUUUCUCUGGCAGGAUAAACUUCCUGCUGAUGACAUUAAGGUGGGAGAGUUGGGAGCUGAAGAUCCAGAACUUCGUAAGACUUUUGUCCAUAAGACACUGACCACAGAAGAUUCGUUGCUCAAUCAUUUCUCAAGGUUCUCAAACUGGAUAAGGCUAGUUAAAGCCAUUGCACGACUCAUGCGAUGUGUCAAAGAGCUCAAGGGUCUGAUGUGCAGAACAAACGAAGUCACCAGUCUUGAGGAGAGGAAGGAGGCAGAGUUUUUCAUCAUAGCUACUGUCCAAAACGAACUGUUUUCCGAAGAAAUCAAAGAUCUGAAAUUGAAGGAGACAAUAACAAGAGAUCGUGCAAAUAGGCUUCACAAACUGAAUCCCUUCUUGGAUGAAAAGGGUGUGCUAAGAGUGGGAGGUCGGCUGAAGCGUGCAGAUUUACACCCACACAUCAAACAUCCAGCGAUCCUGCCGAGCAAAACCCACAUAUCAAGGUUACUGAUUGAACACUUCCAUCAAAAGGUUCAUCACCAGGGACGUGGGAUGACUAUGAAUGAGCUGCGAUCAAAUGGCAUUUGGCUAUUAGGAUGUAGUCACGCAGUGUCUUCCUACAUCUACAAGUGUGUCAAAUGUAGGAAAUUCAGAAGGAAUGCUGAAGUACAAAGAAUGGCAGAUUUACCGCGUGAAAGAGUUGAAACAUCACCUCCCUUUGCCUAUUGUGGAAUGGACUGCUUUGGCCCGUUUUACGUUAAGGAGGGAAGAAAGGAACUUAAACGCUAUGGUCUGCUAUUCACAUGUCUGUGCUCUCGUGCUGUGCAUAUAGAGCUUCUCGACGACAUGACCAGUGAUGCCUUUAUUAAUGCUCUUCGAACCUUUAUCGCCAUACGUGGAAGUGUUCGACAGCUUCGGUCAGAUCAGGGCACCAACUUUGUUGGAGCAAGACGAGAGUUCUUGGAGUCUGCAAAGAAAAUGGACCAAGAAAGCCUAAGACAACUAGGUUGUGAGUUUGUCAUGAACCCAGCAUCUGCCAGCCAUAUGGGUGGGGCCUGGGAAAGGCAGAUCAGGACAAUUAGAAGUGUGUUGACAUCCAUUCUGGAUCAUUCAUCCAAAAGACUUGACACUUCAUCCUUGCGUACCUACCUUUAUGAAGUCAUGGCGAUCAUAAAUAGUAGGCCCUUAACCACACACCUGCUGAAUGAUCCCACUGGUCCACAGCCUCUUACGCCGAAUCACAUCCUGACCAUGAAGUCUUCAGUGGUUUUACCACCACCUGGUGAGUUUGUGAAGGAAGACCUUUAUCUUCGAAAGAGAUGGCGCAAGGUGCAAUACUUGGCCAAUGAAUUUUGGACCAGAUGGAAAAGGGAAUACUUGCUGAAUCUUCAGCAGAGAGGAAAAUGGUACAAAACACAGAGAAAUGCCAAGAUCAAUGACAUUGUGAUGCUGAUGGAUAAUAGUCUACCCAGAAAUGAGUGGAAGUUGGCCAAGGUAACCAAGGUGUACCCUAGUGAGGAUGGAAUCAUUAGGAAACUCGAGUUGCUAAUCAGUGAUGCGACACUGGAUGACCAAGGAAAAAGAGUUAAUAAGCCAGUGUAUCUUGAGAGACCCAUCCACAAAACAGUUACCCUACUUGAAGCUGAAUAGUUCAGAACUCCUGUCUCUGUAACUUAUGUUUGACCCAAGAGACUAUCUACACUUAUUUUUCCUUUACAACGAGGUUCAGUUGAAAAUCACCAGUGAUUUGGUGGGAGUGUGGCUGCCGUCAGCAGCAGUUAUGCAGUUUAAGAUAAUUUCAUGGUUUAAGUUAUAAUAAAUAAGUUAAAAAUACUUUAUUUUAAUAUAUCAGAUUUAAUGUAUACAUUGUUGGUUUGAAAAUACACAUUUAAAUGGUUUACAGAAUGUUUCCAGGGUGGAACCAAUGUUCAGUCUGUUGUUCGGGGUUGACAAUAUUUUCAGUUACACGCCACACUCGGUAGAGGGCAGCAUGCUUUCCCCUCUCACUCGGUGGUAGAGCUAUGCAGAGGCAUGCAACGAAGUUUCCAGCUGUGAAAAGGAGUGACAUUGCAAGAUGUGUUUUCAUUAACCCCUGCAAGUUAAUGCGGCCAAUGAGUUCUCACGGCAUUGUUGGUGACACCUGCGUGCAAUAAAUGCCAGUAAAAAUCAAGAACGCCUUGUGUCCGUUUUUCAACUUGGAGGGAGUUACACAAACUCUACAAUUAUUUUCCUCCAAUGACGACUUUUCACUUGCAGAAAUGGUCCUGUGUGAUUUCUAGGUUGUGAUAUGAAAAACUAGUUCCUAAUGGCAGCGAUUCACUCAGUAAACAUGUGUUUCUUUCACCAACCUCACACACAGAUCCAAUAAGAUC